GUCGGAGCAGCCGCUGGCAGAAGGAUGACCCAAGACGGGAAGCGGGCUCCUGAGCCUCGCCGGCUCCCGUGCUUGUAACUGCCCCAGCCGGACACCCCCCCCUCCCUUGACCUAUCCGCCCUUCAGUGAAUCAAGAGACCUAUUUUCUCAGGAGCUCAGCCUGGCCCUACUUCAGUGAUAAAGAAGGAAAGGCUGGCCACUAUAAACAUCAUUCAAGAUGUCCAGCAAAGGGAGCAGCGCAGAUGGCAAAACAGACUUAGCCAAUGGAAGCUUAUCUAGCAGUCCGGAGGAGAUGUCUGGCGCUGAGGAGGGCCGGGAGACAUCCUCAGGCAUUGAAGUGGAGGCCUCGGACCUGAGCUUGAGCCUGACCGGGGAUGAUGGUGGCCCCAAUCGCACCAGCACAGGAAGUCGGGGUACAGAUACAGAGAGCUCGGGGGAAGACAAGGACUCCGACAGCAUGGAGGACACUGGCCAUUACUCCAUCAACGAUGAAAACCAGGUCCAUGACCGAUCAGAGGAAGAAGAGGAAGAAGAGGAGGAGGAGGAGGAGCGUCCUAGGCGCCGGGUCCAGCGGAAGCGGGCCAGCCGGGACCAGGACUCGUCAGACGAUGAGCGGGCCCUGGAGGACUGGGUGUCCUCAGAGACGUCCGCCCUGCCGCGCCCUCGCUGGCAAGCCCUCCCUGCUCUGCGGGAGCGGGAGCUGGGCUCCAGCGCCCGCUUCGUGUAUGAGGCUUGUGGGGCGAGAGUCUUCGUGCAGCGUUUCCGCCUGCAGCACGGGCUGGAGGGCCAUACUGGCUGUGUCAACACUCUGCACUUUAACCAGCGCGGCACCUGGCUGGCCAGUGGCAGCGAUGACCUGAAGGUGGUGGUUUGGGACUGGGUGCGGAGGCAGCCGGUACUGGACUUUGAGAGCGGCCACAAGAGCAACGUCUUCCAGGCCAAGUUCCUUCCCAACAGCGGUGAUUCCACCCUGGCCAUGUGUGCCCGCGAUGGGCAGGUGCGGGUAGCAGAGCUGUCUGCCACGCAGUGUUGCAAGAACACAAAGCGUGUGGCCCAGCACAAGGGAGCGUCCCACAAGUUGGCCCUGGAACCGGACUCUCCCUGUACGUUCCUAUCUGCAGGUGAAGAUGCGGUUGUCUUCACCAUUGACCUCAGACAAGACCGGCCAGCUUCGAAACUGGUGGUGACAAAAGAAAAGGAGAAGAAAGUGGGGCUCUAUACGAUCUAUGUGAAUCCUGCCAAUACCCACCAGUUUGCAGUGGGUGGACGAGAUCAGUUUGUAAGGAUUUACGACCAGCGAAAAAUCGAUGAGAAUGAGAACAAUGGCGUGCUCAAGAAAUUCUGUCCUCAUCACCUGGUGAACAGUGAGUCCAAAGCAAACAUCACCUGUCUUGUGUACAGCCACGACGGCACAGAGCUCCUGGCCAGCUACAACGACGAAGAUAUUUACCUCUUCAACUCCGCUCACAGCGAUGGGGCCCAGUACGUGAAGAGAUACAAGGGCCACCGGAAUAACGCCACAGUAAAAGGCGUCAAUUUCUAUGGCCCCAAGAGUGAGUUUGUGGUGAGCGGCAGUGACUGCGGGCACAUCUUCCUCUGGGAGAAGUCAUCGUGCCAGAUCGUCCAGUUCAUGGAGGGGGACAAGGGAGGCGUGGUGAACUGUCUCGAGCCCCACCCUCACCUGCCUGUGCUGGCAACCAGUGGCCUUGACCACGAUGUCAAGAUCUGGGCACCCACAGCUGAAACUUCCACCGAGCUGACAGGGCUGAAGGACGUGAUAAAGAAGAACAAGCGGGAGCGCGAUGAAGACAGCUUGCACCACACCGACCUGUUUGACAGCCACAUGCUCUGGUUCCUCAUGCACCACCUGAGACAGAGACGCCACCACCGGCGCUGGCGAGAGCCCGGGGUUGGGGCCCCAGACGCCGACUCCGAGGAGUCUCCCAGCUCCUCAGACACAUCGGACGAGGACGAGGGCCCCGACCGUGUGCAGUGCAUGCCGUCCUGAGGCCUUGUUGCCAGGAGGGGCGGGCCGGGGCUGCUGGCCCGAUCCUGCCUGGACAGCCCUUUCCUGUGCCAGGCCCUUCCAUCCAGCAGACACGCACUUUGGACUUUUUGCUUUAGAUAAA